AUGAAGAUGGAUCUUCUUCACAUGGUUUAUCAGCUUCUUAUGAUGAUAGGAUACGAACUUCAACUACGAUUUCUUGAUACAAUGUUAACCAAUACAACAUUAAACAAUCACCAGUCUGUUUUAAAUGGCAUGGUAAGUCAAUGGACUAGUCAUUUACCCCCUCCUCCUUUUAUCAACAGUGAUACCAAUACUUUUAUUCCCACAGCGAGCCAGGUCAUUGAUAUCUCUAAAGGUAAUAUUGAAAAACAAGUUCUCAAGGUGAUCCAAGAGUUAUAUCCACAUCUUGGUAAUAUUUCUACAGUCAAACUUGAGCGCAUCAGUGGUGCUUUGACAAAUGCCGUCUUUUUCGUAACGCUUCCAAGUCAUCAACGACUUGUGCUACGUGUCUAUGGAUCAGGAUGUGAUCAAUUACUGGAUAGAAACAAGGAAUUGCUAUGGCUUGCUCGAUUGACUCCUUUGAAGAUGGGAGCUCGACUUUUAGGGACCUUUGCCAAUGGUCGUUUUGAAGAAUAUUUAUAUUCCACCACAUUGACUCAUGCUUGUUUGCGUGAUCCAGAUACUUCAGUGAUUAUCGCUAUUUUACUUGCAAGAUUACAUGCUAUUGUUCAACUUCAUCCUCCUUCAAGUUCUUCUCCGUUAUCAUCCAAUCCGGAUUUGGAAAUUUGGUCUCAAAUUCAUAAAUGGUAUGAUGCUCUCUUGGUAGAAAAAAAUGAUGGCUCAUCCUUUUCUCCUAGAAAAGCCCUAGCUGGUAUCACUCUGAAGAAAAUCAAAGCUUGUCAACAAUGGAUGGAUCAAGUUCAAAGUCCCAUUGUAUUUGCACAUAAUGAUCUUCAGUAUGGCAACAUUUUACGAUUGACAUCUACAAAUGAGUUAGUGGCUGUUGACUUUGAAUAUGCUGGAUACAAUUCACGAGGAUAUGAUUUAGCAAAUCAUUUUAUGGAAUGGCAAUACAACUACCACGGAGAUCGACCUGCAUUGGCCUCAUCACAAGAUGCACCUACACGACAACAACAAAUCCGGUUUGUAAAAGCUUAUUUAGCUCAUCAUCAUUUGAAAUCAUCUACUACUGUUGAUCAAUUACUAUAUGAAAUCGAUUGCUGGACAACCGUCUGUCAUCUAGGUUGGGGACUUUGGGGUUUAGUGCAAGCUCAACAAAGUGAUAUCGAUUUCGAUUAUUUGUCUUAUUCAUGCCAACGUUUAAACAUGUUUUGUGAAGCCCUUGGUCGUAUGGAUCCUUCUUUGUUAGACUAG